GUGCGCCGGGGUGGGAGGCAACACAUGCCGAGCACAAUCAGGGAUGGGACCCACGUCUGCAGCUGCACCUGGACCUGCUGCUCGUCAGGAGGGAGAAACAACCAGCAAGAAAAGAAGAAAUUGAGAGAAGGGGGGCGAGGGGUGAACUCGCCAGCAUCAGUCUUAAUUUAUACACUCCUUCGGAGAAGUCCGUUCUUCUCCAGCGAGGGGAUUAAAUAAUAAUAAAUAAUAAAGCCUAGGCGCAGACGUUCGGGCAAUUGCACAAAGAUCCGGAAAGAAGUCUAGAAUUUUUUUUUUUUUUUUAAAAACAGAAACACGCACGCAGGGCUUGCUGGAUUUUGCACAGAGCGGCCAUCUCAGCUGGAAGCAAUUCUUUGGAUUUUUUUUUUAAAUGCAUCGAUGGAGUUACUUUGUAUCUACUCCUGAAAGGGGAGGGUAUCAUCUUCGGAUCCUACGAGGGGGAGUCGUUCUCCCCCUCCGCAAUGGUACCGGAUUGAUCCUUGCAAAGGGAGAUUCCGUAAGCGUUGCCAUUUCUGGAGCAUCUCUCGCUUACCCCUCUGGUAGCCCGACGGAGAUUCUCAACUCUUGGGAGGACGCUCUCUCCCAGCCAAGAUGGAAGAGAAACGGCGAAAAUACUCGAUCAGCAGUGAUAACUCAGACACCACUGACAGCCAAACAACAUCAACUUCAAGAUGCUCCAGAAUUCCAAAUACAAAAUCUGGUUGGUCAAGGCAAAAGGAGAAGAAACCUUCAGAGGUUUUUCGCACCGACUUGAUAACAGCAAUGAAGAUCCCAGAUUCUUUUCAGCUGAGCCCGGAUGAGUACUAUAUCCUUGCUGAUCCCUGGAGGCAAGAGUGGGAAAAAGGUGUUCAGGUGCCAGCAAAUACAGAAACGAUCCCAGAUCCAGUGGUAAGGAUAAUACCUCUGCUAGACCAUUCUUCACCACAGACCUUUCCAAGGAACUUGUCCAGCUCUAAAAGUUCAGAUGCUUCCAGAAUAUAUUCCCAGAGAGUAUGUCGCUAUGAUCUGGAUGAAAUUGAUGCUUGCUGGUUGGAACUUUUCAACAUGGAGCUCAAAGAAAUGGAAAAGCCAGAAAUUGAUGAAUUCACCUUGGAAAGAGUGCUUGAGGAACUGGAGACUGUGUGCUAUGAGAAUAUGAACAUUGCCAUUGAGACAGAAGAAGGCCUUGGGAUAGAGUACGAUGAGGAUGUGGUAUGUGAUGUGUGCCGUUCACCAGAAGGAGAAGAUGGCAAUGAGAUGGUUUUCUGUGACAAAUGCAAUGUCUGUGUGCAUCAGGCUUGCUAUGGAAUCCUAAAAGUUCCCCUUGGAAACUGGCUCUGUCGGACCUGUGCCCUGGGAGUUCAGCCAAAGUGUUUACUCUGCCCAAAGAGAGGGGGAGCCCUGAAACCUACCCGAAGUGGAACAAAAUGGGUUCACGUUAGCUGUGCCUUAUGGAUUCCUGAAGUUAGCAUUGGAUGCCCUGAAAAAAUGGAACCAAUUACAAAAAUUUCACAUAUCCCAGCAAGCAGAUGGGCUCUGUCAUGCAGUCUUUGCAAGGAAUGUACGGGAACCUGUAUUCAAUGUUCCAUGCCUUCCUGCAUCACAGCCUUCCAUGUAACGUGUGCCUUUGAGCACAAUUUGGACAUGCGGACACUGUUAGCAGAAAACGAUGAGGUCAAGUUCAAGUCAUUCUGUCUUGAGCAUAGCACUGGUGCCACCAAGCCACCAGAUGAUACACGGAUGGAGGCAGAUCAAGGUAAACUAGACAUGGAAAAGGUAACACUGAGAAAACAGAAGCUCCAACAGUUGGAAGAGGACUUCUAUGAUCUUGUGAAACCUUCUGAAGUGGCUGAGAACCUUGAUUUGACUGAGUGGCUAGUUGAUUUUGUCUAUCAGUACUGGAAAUUGAAGAGAAAAGCCAAUUAUAACAAGCCACUACUUAUGCCCAAGACAGAUGAAGUGGAUAAUUUGGCUCAGCAAGAGCAGGAUGUAUUGUACCGACGCUUGAAGCUCUUCACACACCUUAGACAGGAUCUUGAAAGGGUUAGAAAUCUUUGUUAUAUGGUAACAAAACGAGAGAAAAUGAAGCACUCCAUUUGCAAACUCCAGGAACAAAUUUUCCAUCUCCAGAUGAAACUUAUUGAGAAAGAUCUUUAUGCAGAGCAAGCUGAAAAGAGAACAAAAGGAAGGAGAAGUGACCCAAAAAGAAAAGGAAGAGAUGAUAGGAAAAGCAGUCCUGAGAAGAAAGAAAAGAGAAAAUCAGGGAAUGAGUUAGUGCUGGGACAGCUGGGCUUGUCAACUUCCUUUCCCAUUGCCGGGACCUUCUUCAACAGCUGGUUGGCUCAAUCUGUACAGAUCACCACAGAGAACAUGGCAAUGAGUGGGUGGUCCUUGAACAACGGCCACCAUGAAAACACCACUCCAGGCCUUUCCGAGGAACUUUUACAAGAUGAAGAGACCUUAUUAAGUUUCAUGAUGGAUCAUUCCUUGAAGUCCCCAUUGAAACAGAGUGACACAACUAAGAAAACAAAAAGUAAACAUCGAACACACACUAAGAAAAAAACAGCAAGAAAUGGCUUAAAUGCCCUCUUUAAAAGACAUCAAGAAGAGGAUUCAAAUAAAUGGACUAACAGCAGUUAUUUGGCAAAUAACACCACAAAAUCUUUAUCCCAUGAUUUAAGAAAUGGCAAGGCAGAGAAAAGUAUGGACAAAUUACACUCAGAGCGCAAGGGGGCAUGUGAAGUGAAAAAGACAUCUAAGAAGGGCUCUUCUCAUCCUGCACUUCCUCUUCCAAAAGCAAAUGAUUCUCAAGCGUCCCCGAGUCUCAUCAAUAACCUAAACCAUGAUGAGGAUGUCAUGAAAUACACCCCAACAGAUCCUAACUCUAUGGUUCAAGUGCCUGAUUCAGUAGGUAGUCUGAAAACAGUGGUGAGGUUCAAAUUACCGAAAGAAGGCAAAGGGACUCAAAGAUCACAAAACAAGACGAUGCCUGAAAUGCUUCAUGGACCUCCAGAAAAUGAAAGAUCAAAGGUUAUCUUGCAUCCUUUUGACAAUGAGACUGAUGGCUACUUUUCAGAUGCAGAAAUGAGUGACUCUGACACAGAAUCUGGAAGUGGCAGAGGGCACCACAGCCAGUUAGAUUCAGGAAACGAGGAUAAUUUCAGAAUGAGUAUUUUAGCAUCUUAAUGCACCUCUGAGACCAGUCAUGACAGCUUUGUGAGGCCUAAAUCCAGUUAAAACUGCCAUGUCCAAUUUCAACUGGUAUCAUAACUAAGGGUUUUGGUUUGUUACUUUGUUUUUAAUUUGUAUAUAUAAUUCAGAAAAGAGCACUGUUGUUUCCUCUCUCUAUAUGCUUGAGAAACAGCUCCAGGCUUCACCAAUUUAGACUUCUAUACAGUCACAGUAGUUAACCCUUGUCACAUGUAUAUCUUGGUUACAUAGAAUGCAAGCAUACACAUUAUUAAGGACAUCAGUUUUCUGGGAGCAAGCAGGACAUCUCAGGAUUUUAAUGAGGAGAUCUGAGAUUGCCAGCGUCUGUUGUUCAUGCAGGGAUGACAGUUUUAUGGGCAUUACUUAAGCAAAUUGAUUUCAUGAUCUACCAGAUGUUACUGCCUCUUUGAGGGCAGGUUUCAGAAGGAGAAUACUACUAUGGAAGCCAACUAUGUCCAUAGAAGGUAGAAUAGUGAAAAUAGAUGUUAAUAGGUAUGUGUGUCUGCACCUGCACAUGCAUGUACACAUGUGCAGGGUUUGCCAGUGUGUGUGUCUGCGUGUGCAAGUAUGAAGUAAAAUAAGCAAUUCUUUUUUUUUAAAGAAGCACAACAGGCUUAUUUGAAGAAAGCACUUAAUGGGUAGAGGAAUACAACAUUGUAUUUAUGGUCUACUAAACUUUUUUUUUUCCUUCUUCUUCCUCACCUCUUCAGUUCAAUUAGGGUCCAUCCAGGAAGCAAGAACCAAGAUUUAACUCUUACCACUCCAAUUAUCAACUGAGCAGUUCUAUAAAAACCCACCCAAAACUCUCAGUAGAUAGAAAUUACAGAUCCACGCUAAAGCUGCUCUGUUCCCUGUCAGUAUCUUUCCAGAUUAAUUUGGGGUAUUAUUUACACUACUCAUUGGUAAAACCUAAACCUUUGAUUAUUAGAGCCAUUUCCCCAUAAGUUCCUCAGGUUAAAGUAGCCUAGUAUGGGCCAAACAAAGAUCAGAAGAAGAAAUGCUUCUAUUACUCAGAGGGGGAAUUAUUCAAAUAGCUUCAAAGAACUCCAGUCUGUGCUUUCAUGAUAACUCAAUAAAUCUCUGCUCAACUCUUUAGGAGCUGCUUCUGUACAGGAGCAGUCACUUGGUUGAAGAGGCAGCAUCAUUGAAACAUUUCCUUUCCCAUCUUAUUUGUUUUUAUAAACACUAAUUACACUGAUGGCUUUUCCCCUUUAUUUCCUUUCCUUUCAAAGUAAAAACUUGUUAGUGAGCCAUCAACACAUCCUAAGAGGGUGAUUCACAGAACUCAGCAUUCUAAAUAUUUCAGUAAUACUGUACAUCAGAUGUUUCUAAUAAGCCUUAAAUGUUGUUUAAAAGCUGGUGUGACUUAUGAGUCAUACGGAUCUCCAAGUUUGCACUUCGUUACACUAUUGAUUCAAUUUUGGCUUCAAAGGUUACGCAGUCAAGGUUUUAAGGUUUGCUACAGGUUUGAUGGGAGUGGCCCCAGUGUAAGCUCAGGGACGUAAAAUAAAAAGACAAGUGAAGUUCACUAAACAUUUUUGCUGAUGGUAGGUAACUUUGAAUACAAAUGUGUGUGUGUGUAUAUGUGUGUAUGUGGUAUACGCACAUUUAUACAUACCCUUACAUAUGCACACUGGGACACUUUCAAACUGGGGGAGAAAAGCAUCUUGUAAUUCUGAUGAAUCUGUGAAAUUAUUUUAUGGAUGCCAAAGAAUAUAGUAAAAUAGCACAGCCAGAAACCAGAAAUUUACUAUGAGCAAAAGCUGUUGAGUAACUAAAGGACUAAAUCCGUAUUCAUGACCCACUUUACACGCUUGCUGAAGAUGAUGCUUUCAACAUUUGAACCACCUUUCACCAUUGUGAUUUCUGAUGUUACUUGUUCACUGCAGUAAGAGCAAUAUUGUUUUGGGGUUUUUUGUUUUGUUUUGUUUUGUUUUCCGGUGCCAUAUACUGGCAAUUCUUUUUUAUUUUGUUUUUUUUGGAAAGUCACAUUAUUUUUACCAGUCUUCUGAAGUCCUUAAUACUAUUCCAUUUGACCUAUAAUUUAGAGAAUCUCUAUUCUGGAAAGAAACCAAAAUCAGUUGCCAAAUACAUGUCAGUGUUUUACUGAUACAUGUUUGCAAAACUAUUUUUCAAAUCAUUGACCAAAAUGGAACAGUUCAAUGUUAGUAGCCUAACAUAUGGAUUGGCAAGUAAAUUUUGUUCCAUCUUCAAGGCUUGGUAUGUUCAGAUAAUGUUAAAUACAGUAAAUAGGACUUAGUUUUAUCUUAUCAAGCUUGCUAGACUUUAGCUACAAUAUCCUAGUUAUGUCAUACAAAUAAUCAAUAUGCUGCCUUUAAUGGAUCUUGCUUCCGUGUGCUUUAGUUCAACUAUUGCUUUAAAAACCAGAGAAAAAAAAUCCAGAAAUCUUGCUGUAUGCAGCUUCAUUUGCCAGCUACUGCAUUACUUGCUUGCUCACUCAAUACAGGACAGCAAAAAGGGUAAACUUUAAAGAACAACCAAACUAAAGCAACAUCUCUUCAUUUAGAUGAUGUAUAGAAGGAUGGAACACUCCGUUUUUUUUACUGUGAAUAAGAUUCUAUUAUGAAACCAUUUUUUAAAGAAGAAAAUACAAAAAUAAUUAUUACUUUGCCAUGGUCCAGAGUCUCCAGUGCAAUCUUAAAAGUGAUAUAGAUGUAUAGAUAUAAAUGUAUCACAAAAAUCUCAUUGAAUGUUGCCGACUCACAGUCUUCCUUAAAACUGGAGGGAACAAGAUAGCCUGUAUUCAUGUGGGACUUAACAGAGUCGAAUGGAGUGUUGGAGUACAGCCUUUCUAUAUGAUACGCUCAUAUUGCUUUAGCUAUCAUGUUUUUCGCAGAGAGCAAACGUUUACAAGGCUAGAGUGGGAUUUGUUGUAUGGAGCGUAAGAACUGUACGUGAGAAAAAGAAUAACGAAGAGUUCACAAAGAAACAGGAACCCACUUUCUCCUGAUAACUUUAAUUGCCCUUCCCCUCACAAAAGUGGUUCGACUCCAGAGGGGCUUCUGCCAGCAAAUGAAAGAGUUUUCACUGAUUCCUUUUGCAGCUUUCCACCUCUUACAUUGUGCAUUACUAAGCAUUUCAGGCACCUAGCAUGAAUUGGUAAAAAUCCGCAUACACACUUCAAUUGUUUGUUGAAACCUUAUGGGGAUACGUGUACGUUCUUUCAGACAGAACUCGAUAAGGCUGGGUUCAUGAAGUGUAUGUAUUUUUGCAAAUACUGAGGAACAUGGAUUUGGAUUUUUUUUAAAAAAAUUAAUAUGCUCAGACUAAGUAAUGCUCACAAGAGUUCACAAUGUCCCUAUAGAAAUGUUUCUCAGCUUUGGCAGUUUUUAGGAGGUUAUUCUGGGAGUUGUAGUCCAUGCCUCUUUCAAGUUGCCGAGGUAGCUACAGUGAAGUCCAGUAAGUGCCUUGGACCUGGGUUUCAGUCUAUUAAAGAAGAAGCCCUCUGCCAGCUGUUGCGAUAUAAUAUGGAGGAGGGCACAACUUCCAUUAGUUCAGCAGCUGCCCUCACUUAGAGGAACAUGUUGAAGGUUGCAGUCCAAAAGUGGGCAGGGCCAGGCCCCAUUUGGCAAGAAUGAGGCUGGGAGCGUAAAGGGUUGAAGUGAGUGCCUUAAGCAGGUACCAGUUAUAAGGCAAAUAGUUUGCUUCCAAAUCCAAACAAUCCACUCUGAAGGCCAUCAAAGGGAUGCCAGCGGUCCCAUUUUUUGUUUUUAUUUUGUUUGUGCCCCCAAUAAUAGUGUUACCGUGUGGUGGAAUAAACACAGUGAAAUGCUCCAGAUGGUUAAAUCAAAGUCUUCUCUAGUAUUUGAGGCUUGAUAUAUAUAGCUAGCUGUCGACGGGAGUUGCUCAUCGCACAAGAUGAGAGUUUUGUCACGGUUAAGAUCCAGCUCUGAAUUACUUAAAAUCUGUUCUUUUGUGUUGUUUCCAGUAGUGUCUCUGUUAGCUCCUGCUCAGUUGACAGCUAUGUGCAUAUUCGUCAAAACCCUUUUAAGGAGAAUGCCAAUCUUCCUUUGCUACUUAGCACCUGCCUCUUUUCUUGUAGAAGCUAGAGAGAUUUGCAUAAAGGAAAAAGGAAUUGUAUGUGAAAAAUAUUUUUGAUGCAUUAUAAAUGUAUUUUGAAAUGAACGGGGGGGGAGCAUAAAUGGUCUAUUUUAUUACAUAAAAGUCUUUAAUCCAAUAAUGUGUGAACUUCAGGCAUUGACAUUUGCACUGUAAUGGGUGAAUCCUGUUAGCAUCAUGAUUAUGUAUUAACAUGGCUAUAGUAAAGCUCAUUUUUGUGUUCAUUAAUAAGGAUCAAACAUUGUUUUUGAAACCUUAGAUUUAAGUGGAAUGUCUUAAGAGUCCGGUUUUAGGAAAUGCUCAAAUACACUCAAAUUUCACCUUCAAUUUUUGGAAACAGGAGUUUUGUGGUCUAUUUUGAAUCUUUUGUUGAUAGUUAUUAUGUCAGCAUUUUUAAGAAACAAAGGUUUGGCAGUGCUUUUCCUCAAAGCACAGUGGCAAAUUAGCCAUUUCUCCCCAAAGAGUGGGGGGAAAGGGUAAAAUUAAUUCCUGCCUGUUCUUGCAACCUUGUCACAAGGCUCCCUUUCCUGUUACUAAAUGGGUGUGGCAAUUUGGUUGUUCUUUAAGGAAUCUCUUGCACACUUUGGUCCAUUCCACACUGACACAAUACAGGCCCACUCUGUAUCAGUUACAGGAAACAAUAUGAAUGUCACAGGAGGCAAAGGCCGCCUGUUUUCUUUGUUUCAAAGAAAGUGAUGUGCCAUUUGUUAAUAUAAAAGAGAAAUAUUGAAAAUAUAUUGAAAAGAGCAAUUUUAAAUUAUUUUUGGCUUAUGUUGCAAUAUUUAUUUUCUUGUAUUAGAAAUUCCUUUGUAGAGAAAAAAAUGUAUUUUUCAUUAAUGCAAAACCUAUUUCUCCUUUUUGUACAUUUUCCAUGUUAGUUAAUCCUUAAAGCAAUAUAAUGUAUCAAGGUUGUUCUGUGUGAAAGCUGUAUUAUGCAUGCUGUUUGUGUUGCCUUGGAAUAGGUCUGUCUGCCAUAAUUUUCAUCAUGUUUCGAUUUAGUGUAUGCUUUAAUACACAUUGGGACCAUGGCCCAUUUGCUUAUGGAAAAAGAAAUACCUUUGCAUUCUUCAAUGUGUUAGCAAAUGCAGUCAAUAAAGAUGUGUUUUCUGUGUA